UAUUCCACGUAUUUUAUUCGAAAAUGAUCAUUUUGGCAAAUCUACAAUAUUAUGUCGGAUAACGAUAAUUGUCACAUUGGCAACAGUGCAAAAUGCAAUCAUAACCUAUAAAAUACUGUGAUUUUUGUUUAUUUCGUGGUUUUCACGUGUUCUAAGUUUUGUUGCAUAUACUUUUAUUCGUUUGCUAGCAGUGGGUGUUUUUUCUGCGAAAUAGUGAAUUGCAAGAUGUCUACAGUUUUGGCUGAGUUUGUUUCCAAAAAACAAUGCAAAUAUUGCGUAGUAUGUUCAAGCAAUUCGAGGGAAAAUCCCCAAUUGAGUUUUUUUAGGAUUCCCAAAGAUGAUGCAAGGUGUGCUUCAUGGAAGGCCAUUUUGAAAGUGGAUAAAUUGAAGGAGUUCACGUCUGAAGAAUGCUAUUUCUGUUUUCGUGUCUGUUGUAAGCACUUUGGAAGUGAUAUGUUUGCCAAUUUGCAGAAAAACAGAUUGAAAAAAGAAGCAGUUCCCACCGGUUUUUCUGAUGAAAUAAACCCCUCAGAGCAAGAUGAUCCCGUUGUUGAUGAUACUGGGAUGUCGAACAUUUCUGAGAGUGUAGCAGGCACCUCUCAAGGCAGGCAAACCUAUGAAGAUGUUACAGCUGAUAAUGUCAGUAGCAGAAAGGCAAGAACUGUUUCUCUUGCCAAUACAUCAACCGAAAAAUGCAAAAGACUAUUGAGUCUUGUUCCAGGCACCAGCUCGUCAAUAGAUUAUGAAAAUAUUGAACUUCAAUAUUCCGAUACCUCAGAUGCUUACAUUCAAACAUCCACAAGUUUGUCUGCCUACACACCAAGGAAACUGCCCCUUCAAAAUAAGAUAAGACUCCUUCAAAGACAACUCAAUUCUAAGUCUAGUCCACCAACCACAUCAAAUCAGCAAGAUUCAAAUGAAAUGGAAGUGGUUUUAAAUUUCAUUAGGAAAAAGUGUUUACCAGUUUUAGCUACCUUUAUGGAAACACAGUUGUCGCUUUCAUCUGCCAAAAUUGGAAUAGAGUGCCGAUAUAACAAUGAAAUCAAAUUAUUGGCCCUCACUAUAUAUUUCUUGGGCCCUAAAGUGUACAAUUUUUUAAAACAAAUAUUUCGAAAUAUAUUUUUUGGGCCUUAA